AUUGCGCAUGCGCGGACCGAUCCCGUCUUCCAGUCCCGAAUUGUGUCGUGAAAAGCAACAUAACAACGUAGUCUUUUAAGGCCGCGUUCACGUCUUCGUUUUUAUGUUCGAUACUUAUUUUGGCCAUUGUAUAGAAAACUGCACUUUAUUAAUGAUUCGUUUCAAGCUACAUUCCACUCGCCACAAUGAGCUUCUCGGGCUAGUUUAGCUUGCUAGUUAGCUUAGCUUGUUAGCCGCUAACAAAGAGACUUGGAUUUUAUCAACACGUCGCUAAGCAUAAAUCAAAUGUGAGUCUUUGAUUGUGUGAAAAUGUGCGAAAGAACUAUAGCGGACUACGAAGAGGAACUUUGUCCAACAAAAGAGGAGAAGGAGUGACAACAUCAACAACUGGACGCAGUUUUCAAGGAACAUCGAGUUGUGUUUACACAGAACAGACGCCAGUGAAGAACAUCGUCUCCCUUAGCAACAGGAGUGGACCUCCAGGAUGCAGCAGGAAAAGCCACAGCCCCCAUACAUUAAGAAGGAAGAGGCGGAGCCACAUCACGCCCAUGUAAAGGAGGAAAAGGAGGGGCCACAGCACCCCCACGUUAAAGAGGAGGAGGAGGAUCACAGCAUCAGUCAGGGUGAGCUUGAAGGACUGGAGGACGACCAAGUCAUCCGUGUCAUUGUGAAGAGUGAAGAUGAGGAAGUCGAAAGUGAAAGUGAGGAGAAGAGAGAGGCGGAGCCUCCGAGCAGCAGCUCAACUCAACACAUGACAACAGAAGCCGAUGGAGACCACGGCGGAGGAUCACCAGCAGACAAGCUGUCAGAUAGUGAGGACACGACCUCACACUCUCCUGACACUGACGAUGAAAACUCUGAAGCUGUACCCAACACACACUUCAAAUGUUGUCACUGUGACAAAACCUUCAAUCACCACUGUCGUCUGAAAACACACAUGAGAAUACACACGGGAGAGAAACCGUUCAUGUGUUCAGUUUGCAGUAAAACCUUCUCUCAGAAGCAGCAUUUAAAAAGGCACGCAAGAAUACACACGGGCGAAAAACCUUUUGUCUGUUCCGUCUGCAAUAACGGUUUUACGCAGAGGCAACACCUGAAAAUACACAUGAGAACACACACCGGGGAAAAACCUUAUUCUUGUUCCAUCUGCGGUAAAGGUUUUGUACAGAGUAAAUACUUGAAAAUACACAUGAGAAUACACACUGGCGAAAAACCCUUUUCCUGUUCAACCUGCGGUAAAAGUUUUAUACAAAACAAGUAUUUGACGGUACACAUGAGAACGCACACCGGUGAAAAACCAUACUCCUGUUCAAGCUGUAAGAAAAGCUUUUGUGACCCAUCAGCACUUGUAGCGCACGUGAAAACGCACGCUGGUAAGAAAGUGUUGAGUUGCAGUGUGUGUGGAGAAAGAUUCUCUUUUAAGUACCAGUGUAAGAAACACAAGUGUGCUGGGGAGAACAGCAGCAGCAAGUGAAGCUGCAGGAUUUUAAAUAAACUGUCAACACUUUC